AUGAGAGGUACGAAACGCAUUGGGCGUUAUGAACUUGGAAAAACGCUCGGAUCCGGAAACUUCUCAAAGGUAAAGAUUGGCCGUGAUGUGGAAACUGGAAAAGAAUGGGCCAUUAAAAUUAUAGACAAGGAACAACUCGUGCGGGAGCGGAUGGAAGAGCAACUCAAACGAGAGAUUGCAGUAAUGAAGGUGUUGCGCCAACCGAAUGUUAUCGAGCUUCGAGAGGUUAUGCAAACAACCAACCACAUUUACAUUGUACUGGAACUCGUUACUGGUGGGGAGUUGUUUGAUAAAAUCGCAGCAGCAAAGCGUUUUGAUGAAAAUACUGCACGUCACUACUUCCAUCAACUCAUUGCAGGUGUUCACUAUUGUCAUAGCCAAGGUAUUGCCCACCGCGAUCUUAAGCCUGAAAACCUGCUGCUUGACUCGGAUGAUACACUGAAGAUAAGCGACUUUGGUCUCAGCCAUUUGCAUAAUGGAAAUGCAGGUGGACAAGGGACGAUGUUGCAAACCGUUUGCGGCACUCCAAAUUAUGUGGCUCCUGAAGUACUGAAGGAACGCGGCUACGACGGUGUGAUGGCUGAUGUGUGGAGCUGCGGUGUGGUGCUGUUUGUGAUGCUUGCGGGAUAUCUUCCUUUUGAUGACGAGAAUGUUAAUGCUCUCUUUACCAAAAUUGAGCGAGGGGAGUAUCGCAUGUCACGUCACUUUUCACCUAACGCUCGAAGUCUUAUUUCGCGCAUGCUAACCGUAGACCCGCGGCGUCGAAUAACAGUUGCGGAGAUUACCCAACAUCCAUGGUUUGUGGAAGGCGGGAACCAAACGGUGCCGAACACUCAUCAGGUGGUUCAUGUAUCGGAUGAAGAGGUGCAAAAUGCGGUACAAACCGUCUAG